ACUAAUGUCAGAUGUCAGUGUGUCAUCGAAUUUGUACCAUAAAAUACAUUUUCUAACUUAUGCCAAAAGGUCCAAAAUUUGGCCUGUGUAUAAAUGAUAACAUUGCAGUUUGCAAAACUGCCAUUGCGGUUUCAGUAAAAAAUCACAUAUGUAUUAUUAUACAAAAUAUCGUCUAAUGACAUAACCUCUUGUUCCAUUCAUAUUUAUAAUUUUCUUCUAAUCUUUGGAUCUGUAGAUUCUACAACAAAAAUGUUUUGUAGAAAAAUAAUGAACAUCCUUAAACUCCAGCAGUCUUUGAAACCCAUAGCUAUGCGUAAAUUCAGCAUGCCAGUGGUUCACAGUCAACAGAGAAGAUUUAAGAGUGAUUUAUAUGAACCUGAUUAUUUAAUAAGCAUGGAGCCUGAUGAACCAGUAUAUGAUUGCCUCAACCUGCAGUUGAAAGGCUAUGAUUUUGCACUAUUGGAAGCCUAUCAAAGUCAACUCCAUAAAUAUGCUGAGGUUAUGGGGAUUCAAGUUGAUGAAUGCUGGGCAACACCUGCACAGAAAAUUAAAGUACAAAGAUUUAAGCCGGGUGGCACUGCUGUUGAUACAGAGUACAAUCUUAAUAUCUAUGAGCGAAAUGUACAGGUCACUGAUGUGCCAGCUUGGGCUCUAGGCACAUUGCUGCGUGUAGCUCGUGCUUUAUUACCAGAAAGCUGCACACUGCGCGUGCAUGAGCACGAGAUUGCGCACGAAGAGAUCCGAUAUGUGCCUGACAAUCAACUCAUUGAACUUAAACAGCAACUCCAGGACAUGGGCGGCAGCCGGGCCGAUAGGAAGAAGAGAAAAUAAAAUGUUAGUAGCUGUAUACUUAGUGUGUAUUUUAGCAAUUAUAGAAUAAAUGAUGUUAAUUUGUUUUUAAA